AUGUUGCACAAAGAUUAUGAUACACAAAACCUUUCUGUAAAGCUGCAAGGCUGUGACAUUCCUUAUCAUGAACCUCAAGAAUUUAAUAAUUUUUCUAUAAUUGGUUCUGGAAGUUAUGCUUCAUUGGAAAUUCUUGAUGGCAAAAGAGAAAAGCCGAUUUCAACCACAAAUGGUAGAUUUGUUAAACUUUAUCAAAGAUGUUGGAAGCAUGAACCAGACGAAAGACCAAAUAUUGAUCAAGUAAUUUCAGAACUAAAUAGCAUUGAUCCUAAAAGUCAUUUUGAUUCUAAAGAAUAUGAAGAUAAUGAAAUAAUAGAUGAAUUAGAAAAUGAAGAUGACCUUUCAGGUUGCGACGUACAAUUAUAUAUAUGA